GUCCGCGGCCGACAGUGAGCGGGCGGGCAGCGCGCCGCGCCGCUGCCGACUACUGUUCAGACUGCACUGUUCUGCUGCUCUUCAGAGACGCUCCGCCUGACGAGAGCUCCUCUCCGGUGCGGCCAUGGUGCGGCCGCUUCUGCUGCUGCUGGCCGCCGGCCUGGCGCUCGCUGCUCGGACGCCCCAGCGCGCCGACAGUGACCUGACGUUCGAUGAGGCGGCGCCCCUCUCCUUCAGUCCAGUGCGGACCCGACACAAACGCCAGUUCUGGGAUCUCGCCGGCCCGGACGACGAAGACGAUUACGAAUACCCAGACGACUAUAAUGGCGACUACAACGGCGACUACAACGGCGACUACGGCGACUACAAUGACUAUAACGGCGGCGAGGGCGUGGGUCCGGGCUCCGGGGACGGCCUGCCCGAGCAGCCGGACCCCACCAUGCCGACGGACGACGAGGACCUGGUGGAGGGCUCCGGGCCCGGUGUCACUCCGCGCGUCGGUGUGCGGCCCACGCAGCCGCCCGUGCCCACGGCGCCCUCCGGACUGGUGUACUACCGGCUGACGCUGACGGUAGGAGAGGAGUGUCUAUCGGUGGAACAGGCCGACUGGCUGCGAGAGGCCGUGGAACAGCUUUAUGUGGACACCACCGGGCGUCAGCUGGCCACCGUCAUACAGGCCAGUCCGGGCUACGUGGCCUCUUCGUGCGACUACACGGUCGACUUGACCUCGCAGGCGUUCGACGACCAGACAGAGUUCCAGCGGCUGCUCCAGCUGGCGCGAAACCGGCGCGAGCUCGGCGGAAAGGCAUUCAUCGACUUCCAGCUGCGCCGAUUCGGAACCACGCCGACGGCGCCGUCGGUGGCCCCGCCGCGCGCCUGCACCGAGUUCGAGCUGGCCUGCCGCAGCGGCGAGUGCCUGCCGCAGGAGACGCGCUGCGACGGGCGCACCGACUGUCCCGACGGCUCGGACGAGCUCGGCUGUCCGCUGACCACGGCCGCGCCGGCCAGGCCGGGAG